GUGACAGAUCCUCCGAGGUGGUGUGGGGAGGGCUUGGCAACCCUUUUAGAAUUGUCCCAUUGCAACAGGAAGGAGGAGGAUACACAGAGGUUAUUUAAAAGCCCCCAACUUUUUCCCUGCUUCUACUGAACUGCAGAAAUCUGCAAGGGAGAAGGAAAAAAAAGGCUAUCUGAAAAGAAGUACAGGAUGUCUGAAACAACGAGCACCAAUGAGGAGAAUAAACUUCCUUUGAAUGGGAGAAGAGCCAUCCCACCAAACUACUCAAAUGAUGAAGAAAAUGAAGUUCCUGAGAUGGAAGCUUUUGGAUUGAUACCUAGAGGAUUUAAUCCUAGAGAUUACCUGCGUGUUGUGGAUAUUUAUAUGUUCAAGGAGCCUCAAGAGAUCAACAAGCAGGAGCACCACACUGACAAGUACUACAACCCCAAGCUGAUAGUACGUCGGGGACAGGCUUUCCAAAUCCAGAUUGACUUCAACCGACCCUACAAGCCAGAAACAGACCAGUUCUGGCUGGAGUUUUUGAUGGGUCGCUACCCACAGCAAAAUAAAGGCACCUACAUCCCAGUCGUAGUGGGCAAUGUGCUAAAACCUGGUCAGUGGGGAGCAAAGAUUAUCCACAGGGAAAACAACUCCAUUCGGCUGUCCAUCAUGUCCUCUGCCACCUGCAUCAUCGGGAAGUUUCGCUUGUACGUUGCUGUCUUGACUCCCUACGGCAUCCUUCGGACACGCAGGAAUUCAGCGACCGACACUUACAUCUUGUUCAAUCCCUGGUGCCAGUUGGAUGCUGUGUAUAUGGAUGAUGAGAAAGAAAGGCAAGAAUAUGUCCUGAAUGAUGUUGGUAUUGUAUUCCAUGGAAACGUCGAGGAUGUGAAAUCAAGAAGCUGGAGUUACGGGCAGUUUGAGGAAAACAUUCUGGAUGCUUGUCUGUUCCUGAUGGACAAGGCAGAACUGGAGCUCUCUGGUCGUGGGAACCCAAUCAAAAUCUGCCGUGUUGCCUCAGCAGUGAUUAACUCCAGGGAUGAGGAUGGUGUGAUUGCUGGAUCCUGGAACAAUUCGUAUGACUAUGGUGUUGCACCUUCAGCCUGGACGGGGAGUGUGGACAUUCUCUUGGAGUAUUACAGUUCCAAGCAACCUGUCCGAUAUGGCCAGUGCUGGGUCUUCGCUGGUGUCUUCAACACGUUUCUGAGAUGCUUGGGGAUACCUGCAAGACUCAUUACCAACUAUUCCUCUGCCCAUGAUAACAAUGCCAAUUUACGGUUGGACUUCUUUCUGGAUGACGAAGGGAAAGUGGACACCAGACUUACAAAAGACUCUGUCUGGAAUUAUCAUUGCUGGAACGAAGCUUGGAUGACCAGACCUGACCUUCCUGUAGGUUUUGGAGGAUGGCAGGUUGUCGAUGGGACACCUCAAGAAACCAGUGAUGGUAUGUACAGGUGUGGUCCAGCCUCAGUUCAAGCCAUUAAACAUGGUCAUGUUUGCUUCCAAUUUGAUGCUCCUUUUGUCUAUGCUGAGGUGAAUAGUGACAUUUUUUACACAAGAGUGGAGAAAAAUGGAGCCCAAGUGGUAGAAAAGAUCGACACAACCCGUAUUGGGCAGUUGAUUGUGACCAAGGAAGUUGGAGGUGAUGGAAUGGUGGACAUUACUGAGGAGUACAAGUUCCGAGAAGGCUCAGACGAGGAGAGACUGGCUCUUGAGACUGCUGUGAUGUAUGGUGUUAAAAAGCAAAGUGUCCAAGACACCACGUACCAGCCACAGACAGAUGUUGAUAUGGACUUCCAAGCACAAAAGGCAGUCCUUGGCAAUGACUUUAAAGUCACUAUAACUUUCAGGAACAAGAGUCGUAACUCCUACACUGCAACUACCUACCUUUCAGGCAACAUAGUGUUUUAUACAGGAGUCACAAAAAGUGAAUUCAAGAAACACUCUUUCAGUGCAAAACUGGAACCCUCUUCAUCCAGCUCUUUCAAUAUUGUGAUCAAAUCGAGCGAGUACAUGAGCGAGCUGCUGGAGCAAGCCUCCUUCCACUUCUUUGUGACUGCGAGGAUCAACGAAACGGGGAAGAUCCUGGCCGUGCAGAAGGCAGUAAUGCUGGAAAUUCCCACCCUGCGCAUCAAGACCAAAGGUGAACUGGUAGCUGGUAAAGAAGCGUCUGUGAUUGUGGAAUUCACCAAUCCUCUGAAACAAACCCUGGAGAACGUCACGCUCCGCCUCGAGGGACCUGGCGUGCUGAGAACAAUAAAGAAAGAGUUCGGGAGAACCCCAAUGAACUCUACAUUGACCUGGGAAGUAAAGUUUUUCCCAAUGAGACCAGGUUUACGGAAGCUGAUUGCAAGCCUGAAUUCUAAUGCUCUGAGACAUGUGUAUGGUGAGCUGAAUGUCCAGAUUCAGAAACCAUGAACCAAGGUGCUGCCUUCUUCUCUCAUUUAGCUGUAUUUAAAAAUAUCAUGAUAGGGAGCAGCUGAUGGAGAGUUAUAAAUCUGCUUAUUGUUAUUUUGGUCAUCCUUGUGCUGAAAAAGUCUUAUCAGGCAAAUUAAUUGGUAUGUCUGGGGAGAGAAUAAAAAAGCACCUGGAUGCUGAAUGAUUUAAAAUUAGCUAUAUGUAAUUAAAGGCAAUUCUAGGUCAUAUUAUUCCUGUAGUUCACUUGUAUUUAUGGUCUUUUGCAUUAGUGCUGCAAGGGAAUUUGAAAAGCUCCAUUCGCCAGAGUAAUCUGAACUUUAGUUUUAAUUAAGGCCUGGUAUUUCACUAAAUAGGGAAGGAAAAAAUGAAGAAUCCAGUGUUAUAAUUUUUUAUACUGAAUUACAUAAUCUUAUGGUAGAUCAUUCAGGCUGCAAUAGAAACAGGUAUUUCUAGCAAAAGGGUCUGCUUUAUCUUACAAAUUAAUAAUGUUCUGGUUUGUGGAGAGCUCCCUUUGCUGGAAGCAUCUCUCGGGAUGUUUUAUCUCCAGAAUAUUCUCAGAAUGUUCCCUUGUUUCAUCUUGCAGUUUUCCUAUGCUUUUUCUCCUACACUCUCCUGUGUGCAGGCACUCACACAUACUCACUUCAUACCCUCAUCAGACCCCCUAUGCAGUUGGUAUGCUGUUCCUCUACUUUGCUAGGUGAAAAUCCAGAGAUUUCCUGCCUCUGCUCAGAGUUUAUCACACAAAACCUGCACUUGCUGGUCAUAUUUCAUGUGUAAGAUGUGUUCUCUCUUCACCCUUCUCUGCCUUUUUUUCUCUCCUGAACCCACCCUGUAGACCCAUCUCCUACAUGAGUGUGUCAGGAAUGUUUCCUGUCCC